UCGUGUUUUGUCGAUCGUAAUCCCGUGGAAGAGUAAAUGGCGGCCGAAGAGAAAUGGUAUUUUUCGAAAGAAUAUUUAUUAAAUAAUUCUCCAAGCAGAAGAUGUGGUUGCAGUGCAGAUAAGGAAUUAUCCUACAGGCAGCAAGCUGCCAAUUUUAUUCAAGACAUGGGACAAAAGCUACAAGUUACGCAACUUUGUAUAAACACAGCAAUAGUGUAUAUGCACCGCUUCUACGUGUUCCACUCGUUCACUCAGUUCCACCGCAAUGCCAUCGCGGCGGCUGCGUUAUUCCUCGCCGCCAAGGUGGAGGAACAGCCACGGAAGCUCGAGCACGUGAUAAAGGUGGCCCACAUGUGUCUCCACCGGGAUCACCGGGACAUUCCGCCCCUGGACACCAAGUCGGAGCAAUACUUGGAGCAGGCGCAGGAUCUAGUGUUUAACGAGAAUGUGCUGCUUCAGACACUGGGGUUCGACGUGGCAAUAGACCACCCGCACACCCAUGUGGUCCGGUGCUGUGAGCUCGUCCGAGCCAGCAAGGACCUCGCUCAGACAUCCUACUUCAUGGCUUCCAACAGCCUACACCUCACCACCAUGUGCCUGCAGUACAAGCCCACCAUCGUGGCAUGCUUUUGCAUCCACCUGGCAUGCAAGUGGUCCAACUGGCAGAUUCCACUGUCUAUCGAAGGGAAGAAGUGGUUCUGGUACGUCGAUAAGUCUGUGACGUUGGAGCAGUUGGAGCGUUUGACCUCAGAGUUCCUCAUAAUAUUUGACAAAUGUCCCACCAAGCUGAAAAGAAAGAUAAAGAGCAUUAAAAAGGAGAAUGCUCCAUUUCCUACCCAGAACAUCAACAGCAACCUUUUUGCUGAUCCUCGCAAGGCUUAUGGCCCGGAUGGGCAGGAGGGCUCCAGUAGCUCGCACCACCAUCCCCAUCAGCCUCCCGACAAGUCUGGUCCAUUCCCAACAUCCGUGUCUGGAAGAGGAGAAGGCCCUGACGAGCUUGAAUACCACUCUGCUUCCGGGUCCCGUGCCACCAUGAAGAGUUUGCAGACUCUGCUCAGAGGCGCGCAGUCGCUGCCGCCUCCCCCUAGUUCCCCAAGCUACUCCGCUGCCCCGGAAGAUGCGUACAAGAAAUCGCAGCAAGCGCAGUCGUCUGGCGUGCUGCGACACACGGACUACCCGCCACAGCAGAUCCCGCCUCCCCAUCAGCAGCACCCCCAUCAGCGAGCUGAUGCUCGCGACUACCGCGAGAAGAAGGACCGAGAGAAGUUCUCGUCUGAAGGCCAGGUGUCUGCUCCUGUGCCCAGCAGCCGGGACGGUGGCCAUCACGGAGGGGCAGCGCUGCAGAACCUUCACCACAAGGCUGUGCCCCCGAAGGUGGGGGCUCCCGCCUCGCACCACCGCCCUCCAGGCAGCGCGGUCAGCAUGUCCCGUGACGCCGCCCGCCGAGAGCAGGCCCAGAUCCGUGAGGCGUCCAAGCGAGAGAGUCUCCCUCGAGAGAUGCUGUUCACGUCGCGAGGUAGGCACGACCCUGCCCUGGACUCGUCGGAGCCCUCCGGCUCGCAGCAGAACCACUUGGGGAGUGUUGUUCCCUCUGCCGGUAGCUCCAGUGCGGGUAGGAACGAGUGGCCGGUCGAUGGUGAAGCUAGGGACGAGAGACACGGCUCGCUGCCCGGUGACAAGCGUGGUGGUGGCGGCGAGUUGCUGCGGCACAGCAAAGUUUCCAACGAACAUGGUAGGAUGAGUCAAGCACUCGGGGAAAAUAACUACAAAGACAGUUUACAUGGCAAUACGUACAAUCAUCGCCAAGAUCAUAUCAGGCAUAGAAGUGAACAAUACCACCCUUCGAGUCAAGUGAACUCCGACUCGGUGGAGCGGAAACACCAGCCAGAGUUGGGUAUUUUGAUGGACAGAAAACCAGCUCCGGAUAUAAACAUCACGAGUGACAGAAAGUCCUUGCUUGACUUGAUGACUCAGGAUAGAAAACCUCCGAGUGAGCCUAGUAGCUUAGAUAGAAAAAUGCUUAGUGAACCAAGUAACUUAGAUAGGAAACUACCUCAUGAGUUAAAUAGUGUGGUUGAUAGAAAGCUUCAACCAGAAUUGAACAAUUUGACGGACAGAAAGUCUGAACUUAGUAGUGUAAUUGAUCGGCAUGACAGCUCAAAGAGGUUACCGACAAAUGUGCAUUCAAGUCACCAUGUUCCAACAACAAAAAGAGAAGUCAGAAUUGAGGAAAAUUUAGAUGUGAAACCUCGUGCAAUAUCAAAUAGUAUUCCUAUAAACAAACAAAAGUCACGGUCAGGGUCACCAGUUGUAGGACAAUCACUCGGUCAAAGCUCAUCUUCCAGUCAUAGAUCAAAGUCCCCUAAUGUGUCCGUACAACCACAGAAACCAAGUUCAUCGCAAUUGCAUCACCAUCAUUCUGUUUCCGUUCGUAAUGGACCAGUGCCAGAGGAACAUAGGAUGAAAAGACCUGAGCAACCUAUUCCAUUUACACCAAAACUUUUGUCUACUGAACACACAAAAAUGGACAAUGACUCUGCUGCAUCCCAGACGAACGUUUCUCAGGCCCCGAGAUCAUCGACUCCCGUCGGUCACAAGGGUCAUUCUACCCCAGAAAAACCACCUCAUUCCGUCCGUGAAUCUCCGUACCCCCAGAGGUCUGCGAAGUCGAAGCAGCGCACACCUCCAUCUUCAGUGCGGAGACCUCCUUUGUUGGAAACCCCUACCAUCCCUCCUGUGUCUUCUGGUGGUGGCUUGACUUCUCCCUUCGGCUCACCACCUCCACCUUUGCCGACAACUCCAGGAAAACCAAGUGCUGCAAACAAUCCCUCAGCGAGUCUUCGAACAACAAGACAUCGCUCGAGUAGUUCAAGUAGCGAGCCCGAACUUAUUCCUGUUGUUACAAAAUUAGAUGAUAUAGCUGGCUAUGAAAACAUAAUCCACGAGACUAAGAUCAAGUUGCCAGGUAGAGUGCCAGAUAUAAUCCAGCCUAUUAGAGAUAGGAAAAAGGAUGAAUCUGUGCACGGGACAAACUCUAAAACCACCCUGGCCACUUCCGUGGCAAAAGAGUUGAAACCACCCGACUUGAUAAGACCAUUCCCAAGCCAAGUAGAAGCACCGGAGAACCAACAUGGUGAUGUCGGACCUGUGACGUUUUCACCUUCCCCGCUGGAUUUCGAAGUACCGGAUGUUUCUAGCAAACAGUCUGUUGAUCUCAAUGCUUCUCUGGAAAGUGUUAUAGAUGUCACCUCGAUAACAGAACCGCUACCGACCCUACCUUUAGUAGAUGAGUCGGCACUCGGAGCUACCCAAGUUGGAUCUGCUUCCCCUUCGAAGAAGUCAUCAGAUCACCACCAUAGAAGUGAUAAGAAGAAAAAGAAAGAGAAGCACAAACAUAAAGAAAAAGAUAAAUCCAGGGACAAGGAUGAUAAAGACAGAAAGCACAAGCACAAGCACAAAGACAAAGAUAGGAACAAAACAGACAGAUCAGUCGAUGUGAUGCCUGCAGCGGAACCCAUUAAGAUAACAAUUCCAAAGGACAAACUGGUAAACAUGACACCAACUUUGGAGCAGAAUUCGAGUGGUUCUUCAGGAAUAAAGCUCAAGAUACAGAAGGAACGCUUGAAAGACUUACCCCAGACAACAUCCAACAUGUCCCACUCGACUUCUUCGGGUGGCUUGAAAAUCAAGAUCACCGGGAUCAACAGCAGCAACGCGGAAUCGUCGCGGAAGAGGGACCGCAGCAGCCCCGGUGACGAGUCAUCUGCCGCUCCCACCAAGUCGGCCCGACUGUCGAGCAGUGAGCACUCGAAGCGAAGUGCGAGCGGCAGCCACAGUAAGCAGAACAGCGCAGAGGGUCAGCGGGGCAGAGGUUCGUCCCAGUACGCCGGGAACAAGGUGGUGCAGAAAUUGGCCGAUCUACAAAGCAAAGGAAAGUCUUCAUCUGGGAGUCAACCAUGACGAUAAUAGGCUUUAAGGAAAUUACAAAUUUUGUGCGAGUGUGUACAUUGUGUGUGUGUGUGUGUGGCCUGUUUGUGGGAAAGUUUGCAACAUACGAAGCUUGCAAAUGCAUUGUUCAGCAAUUUUUUUUUUCCAUUACAUAAUUUUUUUUUUUUUUUCUAUUUACCCUUGUUGCAUUUCCAUGUGCUUUAGUUGUCUGUAAGCAUAGUUGAGAGUCCAAUGCUUCACUGUAAAAUGUAACCUGCCACAAAGAAUGAACUUAUGCGAGCUUUUCUGACUAAAGGUUUUUGCCCCUCUCACCUCCUACAUAUUUGUUUGUACAUACAAAGGUUAUUUUUAUGCAAUGUUUUGCUUUCAUUCACCAAAAUGAAUUGUUCCUUUCAAUGCAUAAGUGACAUUAUUCUGAAAUAUUAUUAUGUCCUCAAUUAACAGUUUAAAUUUUAAUUAUUUGAAGGAUUCUUGUAUACAGACAUAUAAAUAAUUGUUUUUAUGCUUGCUGUAUAGCUAUAGUAGAUGGUUUUUGUUAGUUUUUGAUGCACACUUGGAAAUCUGGUGUCUUGUGUUUACUUUUUCAAUCACAAUUUCUUUUUCGUUUAUUUUUAUUAAUCAAAACUGAAAAAUUGCUGGACAAUAAAUUUAUUCUAAUUUGUUUCAUUGUGUGGAAAGAAAAUAGGUCUAUGAGUUUAAAAAGGGCAUCAUUAUUUAAAUUAUUUUUUAAAUUUUUUUAUAAUGAUUACUGUUUUGUUUAUUUAACAAAAUAAAUGUAUAGCUACUUAACAGUAGUAAUUACAAAUCUAGAAGUAAUUUUAUAAUUACUUCAAUGUGCAGGGUGAAUUGUAGAGUCCUGGUCGCUCGUCAGAAACUGCACUGGCGGAAGCUGCUUGCAGGGGGAUGUGCACAUUGUAGAGGCACUGAAGCCUUAGUUCGAACAUUCGUCGUCGAGACUACCUGUGGCAGUUGUGACGUCCCAUGACAUGUACAGUAUUUGUGAAACUUUCUAAAUAAAAAAAAAGUUGUUUGGGUUUCAGUGUCUGCAGGGAUUUGAAGUACUUGAAAUAUGUCGUAAUAAAUCAUUAGUAUAACAAAUUAUUUGCAUGUUGAUAAUUACCUCAGUGUACUUUUUGUAUAUAACAGGACACACAAAAAAAGGACAUUCAUCCCUCCUAAAGUUUGGGAACCUGAAUUUAUUCUCUUUGAAUAAAGCAACAUCCAACAUGAUUUAUCUGACACUGUUUUUGGCUUUGCGGCUAGUUUUACAUUGGUAUCUGUGGGUGCGAUUUGUAAUUGUAUGAAUUUGUUUUAGAAAGCAAUAAAAAUUUUUGCUUGCAGGUGGAAAUGUCUUGUGUUAAGUCUUGAUAAGAAUCAGUAGAACAGUGUAACCAUGGACUAGGCCAGUGAUAGCCAACUUCAUUCUUUUCGCUAGCCAGAUAUUAAUUUUUGUAACUUAUUUGGGGGGGACCAGACAAACAUGAAUAAAUAUUAAAUUUCUAACAAAAAAUUUUUAUAUCUUCUUAAUCCAACUAAUAAACUAUAAAUUCUAUUCUGUAAUGUGAUGAAGAGAUAAAAUAUAAUUCUCUUAAAAUUAGUAUUUAUAAGAAAUAAUUGAUUUUUUAAUUUAAGAAGAAUUAUCAUGGAACAAUAUAUAGGUUACAAAAAUAUAAAUAAUUAACAGUCUUUCUGUGAGAAUAUCGUGACUUUGCAUCAGUGACUGCUGACUACUUACCUAUUCUACAAUUGUAAAGAUGGUUAAUGCACUUCUGUUUACCUGAUAUUUCUUUGUUGCUAAAUUCUCUAAGCGAGCCGUACGCAAAGACGCCGCGGGCCAGAUGCGGCACGCUGGAAGCCUGGCCGUCGCUGGACUAGUCGGUCCAUGGUGGGGCAACUGCAUGCUGAGAGCAAACAUUUCCUGAACGUGUGUGCAUAUCUUGGGUGUUGGCAGUCCGGUAAAGGCUGGGAGUGGUGUGCUUGUUGGAGAAUUGGUUUGGUGUUCUGUUCACUUUAUAUGCUUAUUGGGAACUUUUUUUUUUUUCUGAAAGCACAGACUAAUCUGAAGUUUUGGGUAGCCAGGAAUUGGCAUUUUGAAUACUGCAAAAAAAAAACUUUACCAUUUUUGGCAGUUAGAUUUUUAAAAAAAAAACAGCUUGUACUUGUUUUGAUCAAGUACACAGGACUGUUUCGGAGAGUAUUUUCUUCCUUCUCCUUGUGGACUUCUUGGAAACAUCACUCCUACUUUUUGUUAUAGAAGUAUUGAAAGCUGUAAUGAAAGUCAGUAAGACACACCAUUUCAAGAUGAAUCAUGUUUGGGUGUUCAUCCAGUAAUUGUAUCUUGUAGCGCGUGUUUCAAGAGUAAUAUAAUUGGGUGUUGUGAACCGUACUUUUCCACAGAAAUUGAUUUUUACAGAAUAAUCAUGACUUUGAAAAGUAUGGUGAAAAGUGCAACGAAUAUGACUCUGUUCCAAACUAAUUAACUUCUAUGAAUGUUAUUUGCUAAUUUCUUGGAAUUACAUACAGUAUUCCAAAAUCAGGAAUGAAUGUUUAGGCUUUUUCCUUCCUUAUUAUGAAUGUGUAAUUGUAAAUAUUGACCUGUUAAAAUUUAACAUUAUUGCUUACAAAAUUUUCUUGGUUUAUAUUUAUAAUUUAGCUUACAAGUGAUAAAACUUUCAAAAUGACAUUUUCGUGCUAAUUAAAAUUUUGAAAAAUUUUGAAUAUGUGAUUCCUGUCCUGGAUUGAAAUUACUGGGCAAUGUGUGAAUACACAUAGAUCUUCAGACUCAAACACUUCUUUCAAAAUUAUAUAAGGAUUUUUGCUUCCACAUUUAUUUAGGGGAAAGGGCGGUUAUUAUUUAGUUAGUAUUUUAAAUGGGAUAUCAGGCUGUUUGCAAUGGAACAAGUCUGUAACCUUAAAGAUGACAAUUGUGCUAGAUGAAUUACUCAAGAAGUACAUAGUAGUAUAGUAUGUUUUGACUUGUGGAGUUUAAGAAUUUUAUCACCAUAAAUGUGUUGCUGUUUGCUGUGAAGGGGCAGUGUAUUCUGUAAUGCAUUGUUUUGUCAUAUUCUUAUGUUAUUCUAUUUGCCAGUGCAUAAAUCUGCUUGGCUCAAUGCCCAUGAUGACUCGAAUGAUCUUGAGGUUAUUGUGAUUUUCAUUUCCCACAGCUAGAUGUUUCUGAUUUUGGAAUAAUCACCAUGUGAUUACAUUUACUAAGGAAUGAAAUACUUAGUUAUUUGUAACUAGUCGUUCUCGUUUGUAUUAUAUUUGUUGAGUUCCUCAUCGUAUGUUUACUAUUUUUAUACCUACUUAUACAUAUGUAUAUAAAAAGAAUAGAAAUAAAUAACUUCAAAAACCAA